GCCAGCUCUUGCAGCUCUGGUGAUCUCCAGUGCUGCACUAGCGUCCAAUCGGGCGACAGUAGCGCUGUAAGCGCGCUUUUGGGUCUCCUCGGCGUCGUACUCAGUGACGUGACUGCCUUGGUUGGUAUCACUUGCAUACCCAUCACCAUCGUUGGAGUCGGAAGCACUGGUUGUAACCAGCAGACCGUGUGCUGCGAGAACAACAGCUUCAACGGUCUCAUUGCUAUUGGCUGCGUGCCCAUCAACAUUGAACUCUAA